AGCGGUGCUCCUGCAGCACCCGGGGUUCCGUGGAGCAGGCUGGCGUAGGAAUACGCGAGCUAGACAGCCGACCUGCUUGUAACACAAGGUCCCUACACCGAAUUAAAUACGCUCCACCGGGCCCGAGUAAGCGUCUUGUCCCCGCCCCCCGACGAGCCACAGCAUCCAUUCUCCUGCGCUCACAUGCUGCGUGAUCCCAAUCACAAACCGAGAGCGCUGGCUUUACUGAACCGAUGGAGUAGUAGUACUAGUAGUAGUGGGAGUGCUCACGGCGUCCUUUCGCCCCUAUCUGCUCAUUUUUCCUCAAUGGAUUCGCCCUCUCGCCGGAACACUGCUUCAUCCCAUCGCGAGUGAGCUGCUGUGAAUCCUGAGAGGAGAGUUCUCCCGACAGGAGACAAGAUGGCGUCCAACAACACCCUGCGCAGCUACUCCAUCCUCCCAUGUUUCAUCUUUGUAGAGCUCGUCAUCAUGUCCGGCACGGUGUUGUUGGCCUACUAUAUGGAGUGCACGGACCUGUUCAGCGUGCAUGUGCAGGGUUUCUUCUGUAAUGACGCUGAGCUGAUGAAGCCUUACCCUGGCACGGAGGAGUCCAGCUUCAUCCCCCCCCUCAUCCUGUAUUGCGUGGUGGCUGCUGCUCCCACCGCUAUAAUUUUCAUCGGAGAGGUGUCCAUGUAUGUGAUGAAAUCAACGAGGGAAGCUCUCCUGGCGCAGGAGAAAACCAUUGUGACAGGAGACUGUUGUUACCUCAACCCCCUUAUCCGCCGCAUCAUACGCUUCAUAGGUGUGUUUGCAUUCGGUCUGUUUGCCACAGACAUCUUUGUCAACGCGGGCCAGGUGGUGACGGGAGGUCUCUCACCCUUCUUCCUGUCUGUCUGCAAGCCCAACUACACUGGCACAGAGUGUCGCUUCAAUCAUCAGUUUAUCGUCAAUGGCAACAUCUGCACCGGGAACCCUGUUGUCGUGGAGAACGCCCGCCGGUCGUUCCCAUCCAAGGAUGCUUCGCUGAGCGUUUACUCUGCUGUUUACCUGACGAUGUACAUCACCAGCACCAUCAAGACCAAGUCCAGCCGCCUGGCCAAGCCUGUGCUAUGUCUGGGCACGCUCUGUUCGGCCUUCCUCACUGGCCUCAAUCGAGUCUCGGAGUAUCGAAACCACUGUUCGGACGUAGUGGCUGGUUUUAUACUGGGAUCAGCCGUCGCUCUGUUUCUGGGUAUAUGUGUUGUGAACAACUUCAAAGGCGUCCACAGUGCAGCAGCUAAACAGAAGACUGAGGACUACCGUGGUCUGCCUCUAAUGACUUUCCCCCGCGUAGAGAGUCCUCUGGAGACCCUCAGCGCACAGCAAUGACACAUGUUCAGAAGAAAAUACUGGCAUGACAUUUUAUAAUACACAUCUGUCCUCCUUCCCAAACACACAGAAACACAGAACCUUACACAGAGCACUCCUGACACUGGUUGACAAUGAUUUCCUCUACCUUUUCAUUUCCACACCUUUUUCCUUCUCCUGUAUCCUUCCAUUUUCUUUUUUUCUUCAUCUCUCUCAAUCCUUAUACCGCUUUCUCCCUCCCUCCUCACACGUCCAUUUUCAGAACCACUCGGCAUCGAUGACAGAGGUCACAUGACUAAGGGGGCAGCACCGGGUCACGUUUGCGUCUCCACAGCACUUCCAGACACAAUGACGAGGACGCAUGCCACGUGGCUCCGAAUGCUUAACAAAAAACACUCCUGAUAUAUCUGUUUCAUUCACCUGGGGGACAAAAUACGCCAUGUUUGUUAUGGUUCUCAUCUAGUUGGGCUAUGCUCAAUUCAACCUGCCAACGCACACAGAUCGCAUCAGUGGCAAAAAUAUCACGAAGCAAACUUAAUCACAGAUUAUUUUUCCAGAUAUCUGAAACCAUUUGAAACAUGGGAAUUUUUUUUUCCUCCAAGGUUUGCUGUUUGUAGUUAGAGGACAGUGUUUUGUACAUUUUGUAUGAGCGAGUGCUGUAGCCUAUCCUGAUGGUGUUAAACCUGCACACUUCCUGUCAGCUGACUCACUCUGUUAUACAUCACAUCCUGCCAGGUGAAAUGCCUUGUCGAUCACCACAUCUAUCCCCCUAUGUCUGAAAAAUCUGAUAUGGAAAAAGUAUUGAUGUUGUUGUUCUGUGAUGUUUUUCAUUUGUACAGAAAAAAAACAGAAUCCUUCUUUUUAUUAUCUCUUUCUGUACAUUAAUUGACCGUGUCAGGUCAUAUUUUGUAAAGAUUUUUGUUAAUCUGUAUGACUAUUAUGAUCCAUAUGGACCUGUUUGCCUGCUGUAAACCUGGAUAUGUUUUGGUAUCAGUGUUUUGGGGAACGACCCCUCUCUCCAUUGGAGGAAAUGACAAGGAAGAGUCAGUGACAUCCUCUGAGUCAGAAAAUGGGGUUUGGCACCAUCAGUGCCCCAUUAUCAGCCACAAUAUAUGAAAAUGUGAUUGGUUGAAAUUCUCAUUAUGAGUGUCUUUCAACCCAAUUUCCUGAUUCACUGUGAUGUUAAAUUGUACUGUACUGUAGAAAUUUCUCUACAGAGAGGUCCAGUGGGGUUAGCCUGUGCCAGAUCUACCUGAAGAUUUCACUGGUAUGGCUUUACAAUUAAAUUUAAAAACUAAGAUCCCAAUGGAAGACUUCCUUAUAAAAUGCAUGGCAAAAAAUUUAAAAAGAGACAGAAAUGCUCUUUGGAGUGAAACUGAGUGACUUCCUUAAGGCCCGGCUAGCCCUUUUAAUUGGAAACCAGACUAAUGACUUCACCCCUCCCCCUCCCCGAGCCACCAGUGGAUUGUAAUGCAAUGUUGUGACUCCAUUUCCUAUUGGAAGAUACGCCCAGCAUGAAGAGAGAUGUCAAGAUGUUUUAUAAAUAUUCAUGAUUUGAAUUAUACUCAUCAUCAUUGUGAUUAUGAUUGUCUUUUACUUUGAGAACAAAAGAAAGCAUUUCAUUUGAAAUGCUGCAAAUAAUUUUUUCUUGGUUUGUCCAUGAAUUAAAU